CCGGUCAAAGGGCGAUAAUUGACAGUACGCUGAAAUUGUUAAAUAAGUAACACUUACAAAAUAGUUGAAUACUCUGCAAUUGCAACAAUGUCAGGAAUAACCAAACAAACUUCAUUGAAGUCCAGUCCAUGUGCCUCCGAAUCGGACCCUCCUAGCAUUCCCAAAAGACGGCAAGAGUUACUGAAAUGGAAUGGUUGGGGCUACAAAGAUUCAAAGUUCAUUGUCAACAAAGACAACCAUGUGGAGUUUACUGGUGAAAGGUAUCAGCUGAGUGGUCACACAUUGACACUGUUGAGAGAUUGGAUGAUUGCAACUAUAGGAAUAAGUUUGGACCAUAAAACUCCACCUCAAAGCGAAAUAACGGCCAAAGAUAUGCCUCCCCCUGUGAGAAAUGAGGAGUUCUUGGCUGACAUGAGGAGGACCAAUAUAUCACACACAGAUGAUUGUCAGGACAGGCUCUUUAGAGCCCAUGGACACACUCUAGCAGAAAUCUUCACAUUGCGAGAAGGAAGGUUUAAAAGAAUUCCAGAUCUAGUCAUAUGGCCCAUCAACCACAAUGAGGUUGUAAAGGUAGUGGAGCUAGCCUGCAAGCACAAUGUGUGCCUCAUUCCUUUUGGCGGUGGAACCAGUGUGUCUGGGGCCCUUGAGUGCCCAGCAAACGAGAACAGGAUGAUUGCCUCCCUUGAUCUCUCACAGAUGAACAAGAUCCUGUGGGUGGAUGAGAAGAAUCUUGUUGCACAUGCUGAGGCUGGCAUCAUUGGACAGGAUCUUGAAAGACUGCUAGCCAAGAAAGGGUUCUGUACAGGUCAUGAGCCCGACUCUAUGGAGUUCAGCUCCCUGGGCGGUUGGGUGGCAACGCGGGCUUCUGGCAUGAAGAAGAACAUCUACGGAAAUAUUGAGGACUUGGUGGUGCAUAUAAAGUUUGUGACACCGCAAGGGACCAUGGAGAAGUCGUGUCAGGUGCCCAGGAUGUCCUCUGGUCUCGACAUUCACCACUUCAUUCUGGGUUCAGAAGGUACCCUUGGAGUAGUUACCGAGGUAACUUUAAAAAUUAGACCUGUACCGGAGUGCAAGAGAUACGGCUCAAUAGUCUUCCCUAACUUUGAAAAAGGUGUGGCAUGUCUGAGAGAAAUCGCCAGACAGAAAUGUGCUCCUGCAUCAAUCCGACUGAUGGAUAAUGAACAAUUUCAAUUUGGCCAUGCUCUUAAGCCUGAAGCCAAGUCCAUGUACACUAACUUCAUGGAUGGUCUCAAGAAGUUUUAUAUAACUAGGAUCAAGGGCUUUGAUGUGCAUAAAAUGGCAGUGGCCACACUGCUGUUUGAAGGUGCCAAAAAGGACGUUGAUGCUCAAGAGAAAAGGGUGUAUGAGAUCGCUGCCAAUUUUGGAGGCCUUGCCGGGGGUGCUGACAAUGGUGAGAGGGGCUACAUGUUGACGUUCGCUAUUGCCUACAUCCGGGACCUGGGGUUUGAGUACUAUGUGGUGGCAGAGUCAUUUGAGACCUCCGUGCCAUGGGACAGAUGCCUGGACCUGUGCACCAAUGUCAAGGACAGACUCCACAGAGAGUGCAAGGAGAGGGGCAUACAGUUCCCACCGUACAUCACAUGCAGGGUGACCCAAACUUAUGAUGCAGGAGCGUGUGUGUAUUUCUACUUUGGAUUCAACUAUAGGGGAGUUCAAAACCCCGUUCAGAUGUACGAGGAUAUUGAGGCCUGCGCAAGAGAUGAAAUUCUGGCAAAUGGUGGAAGUAUAUCACACCAUCAUGGAGUGGGCAAGAUGAGGAAGCCAUGGUUACGUAAGACUGUCGGAGAUGUGGGCCUUGGGGCCAUGAGGGCCAUUAAGGAGUACAUUGACCCCAACAACAUCUUCGGGAACCAGAACUUGAUGGUGGGGGAACCAGAAGAUCACCAUGUCAACACUGUGAGGAAUGUGGUCGCAAGCAAGCUUUGAGGGGUAGCAAGGGUUCUGUUAGAAUUAUACACCAAAUGGAUACACCAACCAAUUUUUGAAUCAAUGAUAUAAUUGGGAAAUUUGUACUAUAAGAAUUAUUGUGUUAAAAAAAAGUUAUAUCUGUAAAAAAAGAUUGUGAUUAUGUUGUGUUACUUGUUUAAUUAAAAUGCAGAUAUUAUGCUAUGUGUGCCUAAGUUCGAUCACGUUUAACUUUGUCACUGCGCAUGCUCGACAUCAACAAAGAUUACUGAAAACUUGCUAUGGUAUUUAGACAGAAUAUUCAAAACUGUAUCCAAAAUCUGCCAAAAAAAAGAAAUAUAAACAAACAAAACGGUUGUAAACGGGUAAAAACUAUCUAUUACCCCACAUGAUUUACGUCACUGAGAAGCACUCCUAAGUUCGACCAGCUGUCUUCAUGACGUCACAAAUGGGGGCUCACAUGGGGUAUAUAAAUAGUUAUUUGCUCACACGAAUACUUAACUUAGGAGCGAGACAUUCUUAUGUUGUUUUUUUUAGAAAAGAAAGGUUAUUCAUAUAUUGUGAAGAUUAUUGUAAUGGGUGUCUUAAAUAUUUAUUAAAUUAACAACAACUAACAAUUAAGAAGGUAACAGAAAAGAACAUCAAACACUCAUAAACACACAUUUGUAAAAUUACCAAACAUAUUUACAUUAUAAUACGAUAUUUUUCCUAAACCCAAUAUCUACAUAGGAAUGUCUCACCCCUUCUAAAAGCCAGUUUUUCGUGGCAAUUGCGCUGCAGUAAAGAGCUUAAAUUCAACAAUAAACGUCUAAAUUGGACGUCUAUUAUCUUAAAAUGUAAUGCGUCGAUCUAAUUUAUGAAUGCCCCCUUAUGAGCCCCAGGUAAACAAAGCGCUUAUUUAUGGAGAAUUGUCUUACCUCCCCUGAAUACUGCAGCGUCCCUGGCAAUUUAGAAGAGAGUAUUUUUAUGGAUGUUUUAUGAAUUUAAUGGUUAUUUAAAGAAUAUAAGUGCGAUAAAUGCAUGAAAAAUGAGGUAUCGACAAUUGACAUAAUUUAAGCUUUUUUAUUCAUAAAGACCUGUUUAAGAGAGGUUGACGGAAUUACGACUUCUGUUAUGAGUUUUUGCAGGAAGGCUGGCGCGUGAUGUAAGUGCUGGUAUUCGAAAAUACGUCAUAAAAAAAUUAUCGAACUUAGGCACCUGAUCUAAAUUAGGCACACAUAGGAUAAAUUGUGCUUUAUGGAAUGCAAACAUCAGUUAUAAAUAAAAGUGUAAUUAAGUUGCGUACUGCACUGUUGAUAUAGCAGGUUUCAAGAAAUCCAGAAUAUGGUGACAUACAAAGACCGAAACAAAUUAGACGAAGACUGUGAUAUGAAAAUCAUUUACGAUUUUUGUGUAUUUUAUUUUUACUAUGUUGAAUGGAUCAUGAUUUAUUGAAAUUUAAAUGCUGUAUUAUUAUUGAUGUUCAUCAAUUCGAAAAACUGAUCAUAGUUAUCUUAUUUGUGAGUAUCAGUAUUUUACUGUAUGGAAUAAGAUGACUUGUAUAUGGUUAAGUAGGCAAUUUACUUUUAUCUUUAUUUAUAUACUAAUUUUUUUGUUGUUAAUUAUAUACAGUCAUUAACCAUCUUAUUUGAUAACCAAAUAAUUUGAUAUGCGUCAUAUAUGAAUAUAUUGGUGUAUUGUAACCAUUUUUAAAAAUAUAUGUGUCUAAUGUUAAACAAAUCAAUUGAAGUAUCACAUAAUAUUCUCAAUAAGUAUUUAUAGUACCUGAAACAGACUUGCAGGUAGGAUGUGUUCAAUGUUUUAUUGGCAUGUACUUUUGUGUGAUCUUUAUUUUUUUACAUGUGUCCACACACAACUCCGUGUGUGCUUGGUUUGAUAAUUUGACAAUUUUUAUGAUGCAGUUGACUGAAUGCUUAUAUUUAUAAGGUACUAAAAUAAUGGCAUAAAUUGUGAUUAAAGUUAUUUAUGAAAAUUUCUUGUGGAAAAAUGUAUUAACAUUUGUGUUAAUUAUUAACAAAUAUGAAGGCAAUUAAUAUUGACAUGUUUGAAAAUCAUUAAUGCUUAUAAAAGAAAUUGUUCUGUCCAGGAACAGGCCAUUAUAUUAAUUGGCCUAAGGUUUUGAACAACCAGCAAUGAUCAUUUGUCUGCAGCUGCACUAUUUAAAAUAAUUAUAGUUUGUUUGUUAGUCAAAAACAUGUUCAUAAUGCCUGUCACCAAUAAGUAUUAAACUUUGCUAAGAGAAUACGGUGAUCUUACCGUUUGAGAUGUGAACAUUUGUUGUUGUUGAAUUUUGUUUGAAUGGCAUUAUGUGUAAUAGUUCUUAUGCCCCCUCCCCCCCCCCCCAUUUAAGAAGGGGGCAUAUUGCAGUUGCACUGACUGUCCGUAAUCUGUAUGUCGGUGCAAAAUUUACUGUCUGUACCAUGAUUUUGCCAUGAUGGAUUUUAAAAUUACUUAGCACUAAGUCCAACAUAAUAAGACAAAAUGUCAACUGUAACACCUGUCUUCUUUCACAGAGGUCAAGGUAACAUUUAGAAGGUCAAAUUUUGCCAUAAAAUGGCCUCAACCAUAACUUUGGGCUAAUUUAUACCAUCAUAAGACAAGGUGUUACAUUUAACAACUAUUUCCUUAACUAAUUGGUCAAGGUCGCACUUCGAGUUAAAAGAUCAAUUGGCCAUAAACCAGCUUGUGCAGAUGGUAAUGUUGUCAUUUCAUCAUUCAAUUGUAAGAUAACAUGCCAAAAAUGACUGCCAUCAAGAGAUGAAGUGGUCAUGUAUCACCUGGCACAUUACCUCAAAGGUCAAGGUUGAACUAAGGGGGCAAAGGUAACAUUUUGCCAAUAUCAUCUGUGUUUGACAUAAGAAGAGUUCUAAGACAAAAGUGGAAUAUGGUGGCAUCUGUGUUCUAUGGACACAUGUCUUGUUUUAUUUCAUGGAUGUUAUUUCCUUUAGAGUAUCAUCAUUUUCAUGGAAACAUGUGAAAUACAUUAGCUUUAAUUAUUUUUGUAUGGUUUAUGCAAUUUUAUUUAAGUGUAACCAUAUGAUCAAAUUAAUAAACAUUAGCAUACUCGUA